AUGGAAGCUCUGAUUUCUCAAUUCACUUUUCUCUCCGAUCAAUCUCUCCAUGAUAAAAACUUCGAUCCAUCAACGAUCGAAGAUCUGAUGAAACUAUUCGAGCUGGAAUCAUACAAAUCAUGGGCGGCGAUGGAGCUGGAACAUGAGACAGAAGUGGCAGCGGCUGAGGAUUCGAUGAAAGAAGCGGAAGAUUACCUCGAUUCCGCCAUGGAAAGCGCAAUGGAGGAGUUCAGAAGGUUCGAGGAAGAGAUGGAACGCGAAGCGAACAAGGAGCUACAGGGAUUGUUGUCGAUCGGAGAAAGUGCGAGGAGGUUGGGGAAAUCCAUGGAGAAAGCGGCAACUUUCGCUUCUAACAAGUAUAUUGAGGCGGCGUUGAAUUCCGCAACGUCGUCGAUGAGAUCGGCGAUGAAGGUGGUUUCCUCUAAUUCAAAGAAAGUUCAUCCUUCUUAA